ACACUAGCUACUGGUGUGUAACUGAAAGUGUGUGCUGUAUAGAGUCGUUAUAUUCACCCCCAACUGUGGUAUCUACAACAGAACCCGCUAUCUCCUUCAUCUCGAUGUCUGUCUGACUCAUUCGUUCCCUUUCUACUCGAGUGCUGGUCCCUAUUUUCGACGUUUCGGCGCAUUCAAGGUCGUGUUCACUUUCAUCUCAUGUUUGUAGUAACAAGCUGACUAGUCUACUACUGUACUGGAUUUUUGCAAUACCGUGAACUUGAAAGAUCCAUUGAGAACAAAUUUUGACAUUCGUUAUUUUUGAAUUUUUUAAUUAUUUAUUUUUGGUAAAAAAAACGUUUCUUAAUUACUUACUUGUGCGGAAAUCAGGUGAUUAUUGAUUCCAGUGCCGCUAAUUUGUUACAGGACAGUAGGAGGAUAUUUUUAGAAAUUAAUUUUGUAGUUAUUUUAAUUAAAAAUGGAAUUAAAAGGGAAAGUUGCUUUAGUUACUGGGGGAUCUUCGGGAAUCGGCAGAUCUUUUGUUGAAGAGUUACUCAAUCAAGGAGCUAAGGUUACGAUAUGUGAUAUUAAUGCUGAAGAAGGUGAAAAAUUAGCAAAUGGGUUGGCACUUAGACACGGCAAAGAUCGUGUUAUUUAUUGUCAGUGUGAUGUUACUGAUUAUCCUCAAUUUGAAGAAUCAUUCAGAAUAACAAUUUCGACAUUUGGUCAUAUUGAUAUUCUUAUCAAUAAUGCUGGGAUCAUGAACGAUAGAUUUUGGGAGCUUGAGGUCGACAUUAAUCUCAAUGGAGUAAUUCGGGGCACGAUGUUGGCACAGCGAUAUUUAGGAAUAGACAAAGGCGGCCGCGGGGGUGUUGUGAUAAACACGGGCAGCAACGUGAGUUUGAAUCCAUACGUAAGUGUCCCGAUAUAUUCGGCAACAAAGGCGGCAAUUGUCAGUCUCACCCGAGCAUUCGGCGACAAAUAUCACGUGGAUCUCACUGGAGUAAAAGUCAUGUCUUUGUGUCCAAGUGCGACAGACAGCAAUCUUGUCCGUGAUGUGGGCAAACAAUUGCUAUCACCCAGAUACGAGGACGCUUGGCGACGUGAUACCGCCUCCUGCAUUCCACAAAAAGCUGAACAUGUGGCCAAAGCAUUAACACACGUGCUGACAAAUGGAAAGAGCGGAAGUGUUUGGCUCGUGGAAAACAGCCAACCCGUUCGUGAAAUAGUCUUCCCGAAGCAUUAAACUAAAGAAUAAUAAAAAAUCAUUAAAAUUUUAAAAGUACGUUAAGUAAAAAAAUAUCAGAUUUGAUAAAAGAAUUUUUGAGACAUUCCUCGCUUCACCUGCUGAAUAAAUCCUGCCGUUUUAUACACCGUCGAAAAAUUUUUUAAGGAAAGUAAGCGAUUAUCUACUCCGCCCAAAGGGACUCCCGAGCUCAUAUAAAUUUAAAGUUUUAAAUUUUCAUCAUUCGCAUUGAUAUUUUCCAACAAACCAAACUUAUUUAUAAUAAUAAGUGUUUAAGAAAAAAAAAAAUAAUCAUUAAUGACAUUUUCAGACAGUGCCCCCCCUCCCCACUUUUUCAAAGUAUUCAAUAAUUUCAACCGUCAUCACCGUAGUAAUAUUUUAUUAAUUAAUUGAUUAGAAAAAAAAAUGAAGCAUUAGUUGAAAAAAGGACAGCGGAGUUGCGACCCUGUCCAAACCCUGGUGGAAGUUUUUCGGACUUUUCUCUGAAUAACUCCGAAAAAGUCUUUAGAACUUUGGAAAAGUCUUUAGAACUUUAGAACUGAGUUUUUCAGAGAAAAUUCCGAAAAAUUUCCACCAGGAAAAGUUCUCAUAGAAUCCAAUCAAUUGGGUCAAAAAUCGCGUAGAAUUCAAUACGUCUUUGGAUUCUACACUUUUAAAAAUUAGCGGAGUAAAUUUGGACUGGAUGCGAAGCAGAUGAUUCUUUAUUUAAUCCCCUCGGAAGGAAAUUUACUCCGAAAGAGAGUUAUGUUUUAAUAUUGAACUCCGAAUCGAAGUAAAUGCGGAUUGAAAUAAAAUCCAGAUCACUCCGAAAUCACUCCGUUGGAGAAAUAAAUUCCCUAUUUACUCCGUAUUUUUUUUUAAACUCGGGAACUCCGGAUGGAGUGAAUUCGGAUUUGAUUAAAAUUCGUAUCUACUCCAAACUCACUUCCAAUUUUUUAGUGCAUGCGAUUUUUGGCCCGAUUGAGUCAAUUCUCCGGGAACUUUUUAAUAGGGAAUUUUCCCAAGAUAUUUGAAAAAAAAAAUUACUUACAGUUGUCAUCAAUCAGGAGUUAAAAAAAAUUUUUAAUAAAUUUCCAUAAAAUCUUCAUGUCAAUUUCAUAAUUUGAAUUUUCAAAUUUCGUAGGCUCGAAUUCCGUACCCAAUUUCGUUUGACUCCUAAUUGAUAGCAACUGUAAGUAAUUUUUUAUAGUUUUUAGCGGUUUUUUGAUUGAUAAAAUUUUAAUACGGUUAUGGAAGUUCAAGGUCAUUGGAUAUUUUUAAAAAGCGGGGGAGGGAUUGUCUGAGAAUGUCUUUAAAGUGAACAGUUAGAGGAAGUAACUUUUAUUAAUAAUAAAAUAAAAGAAAAAAAGUGAUUUUUUAAUGCGGCUAUAGCUAUAAUUGUUUGAAAAGUCAGUCAAUGGCCUAUAAAUAAUAGGCAAAUAAACUUACGAGUCUAUAGUCAAGACGUCGAGACGUUUAUAAUUAACUGACGCUAUUUAUAAACUUUUUUUAUAUUUAAAAAUUUAAACUUACGUUUUUUUAGUAUAAAUUUUUUAUAUAUUGUUAUUAUUGUACAUUAUCUAGUCAUUGAAGUAAGUAAAAAAAAAUUGUUGGCUCGAUAUUACCCUAUAAUAAUAAUUAUUAUUAUUAUUAUUAUUUGCUCGGUUUGUAUGCGUGGUAUAAAAAAUAAAAAAAUGCUCUAGCUUUUUUCUUAACUAUGUCUAAAUUUUUACAUAUCCGCUUUCAAAUUUUUAAAUACAU